CAGUUUCGAUGAGCAGCAAGGGCGGGAAGGCGAAGGGCAGUGGCCUCAGCUUGGAGCGGUUCAUCCGCGGCAAGGCGCGGCCGACCAACUUCAAGAGCGAGAGCGCGGGCGGAAAGCGGCGCCGCGUCGAGAAGGCCGUGCUGCUGCGCACGUACCGCAAGGUCAAGGAGCGCGAAGAGCCGCCGGUCAAGGCAGGCGGCGGUCCCUCCUUCUAUGACAAGUUCUUUGCGUCGAUGCAAGAUGGCGACGACGGCGAUCGGCCGGCGAAGAAGGCGCCGCGGGACGACGGCGAAAAGGCGCGCAAGCCUGAUCCGCUCUUCAAGGCCAAGCGCAAGGCGCAGGGCGUGCGCGACGAGCGCCAAGCCAAGCGUCAGGCGAUCGAGGCCAAGCUUGAGGAGAAGCAGUCCAAGGUGGUUGCACGCAAGAAGCGCCACGUCAAGCUGAGCUUGCGCACCAAGACGGGCCAGCCCGUGAUCAAGCACCAGAUGAAGGACCUCCUGCACAAGCUGCGGCACUCGUCCUAGCCGUCUGCGUAAUACUACGUCGUCUAACAUAACAAGCACAAAAGGGUACAACAACACA